GGAGUGAUUAAUCCUUAAUUCUUGUGGUGGAUACGGAGGGAAUGAAUCGAGCUAGGCUACCUAUCCUUGGACCUCUAUCGAAACCCGGGGUUAUCAGGCAGGUUGUCUUAGGAAUUAAAGGAACUGUCAAAAUAAACCCUUCGAGGUCAUAUCUGCCUGGAUAGAAGGGUGCUUAGAUGCCUAAGCAUGAACAUGAAGUGGCAGAUGUCCUCAUUCUUCCUAGAGCUACCCAUACAAAAGACCAAAGAUCUAUCAUAUUCCAAUGAUACCAUGAACAUUCCAUUUACCAUAAUCUACUUGAUCCAUCGCAAACUCUAUGACUGUCCUCACAAACUUGGUGAGCUCUUCUGACACGCAUGGGCAUGAACGGCACAAGUGAGUUAUGCGCCUCAUGGGAACCAUCACUUGUAACUUACCACGCUAGAAAUGAUUGAAAUUCGCCGACUAGAAUCCGAUGGCGGUGAAGCAGUGUUCGCGGCAGUGGAUAUCCGCCGAGGCACGCGCUUUGCUGCCGAGCUCCCUCUCGUAAUGGUACCACCCGUGUCCGACAACGAUGAGAUACCUGAGUUUUAUAGGGCUAUCGACGACCUGCCACAAGAAAAAUCAGCAGAGAUGGCCCAACUACUCGGUCAUCCCGUAGUCACUGAAAGUAUCAAGAAGGACCCACAGGUCCGCCACGAAGCUUGGAGCUUCUACAAGGCUAAGAAGUGGAAGAGCAAGGAAGGAACUCACCUUCAGGGAAAGAAGUUAAGAAGAGCGGUUACGAGAAUUACCAACCUCUGCGCCGUCUAUCUUGCCCAUAACGUCCAGCUAGGUCCGAAAGGAAAAUACGGCUCGGGCGUUUUCUCCUUGUAUAGCCGGAUUGGUCACAGCUGCGUGCCCAAUGCGUAUAAUUCAUGGAACCCGACGUUGGAGCGGUUGACCAUACACGCACUCCAUGACCUCAAAGCAGGCGACCAAAUUUUUGUAAAUUAUACCGGUAAUGUCUGUCGAACUCGCCAGCAGCGUGCGUUUUCUCUCGCAGCCACAUGGGGGAUAAUUUGCAGCUGCCCGGCUUGCACUGAGCCGGCAAUCGAUCAACUGCGCCGUCGUAUGCUAAUCAUGGACCAAGCUUUGGCAGCAUACACAUGCGGCGCGUCUCAAGAGCCGAAUUUCAGUGCCAUCUAUGGCGUCCCUAGAAUAGUGACGGCCAAAGAAGCGCUGAAGACGGCAGAGGAGCUUUCACAUCUCCUCAAAAGACAGAGGCUAUGUGGCAUGGAGCUUUGUAAGGCGUAAGUGAUGCUCGGGGAACUCUUGAAACUGUACCAUACAAGGCGUGGUUAAUGAAGGCGAUGACAGGUUUCGCGAAUGUUCGAAGUACGCCCUCAACGCCGGGCUCACGGCUAAGGCCCUUGGAUAUGCGCGCAAAGAACUAGACCUUGAGAAACUGUUGAUCGGUACUGAAACCACUCAUCUUGUAGAGGACCUCAACGGUGCUAAGUAUUGGACCGACUACGUACGAAAUGAGAUAAGUCGUAUUCCAUCUCAUGCAGAGUAUUAAGGACAUGACAAAAAUUUCGGCCAUGAGUGGUAUUGUGUAGGAACUGCGCUUGGGCUUUGGGACGGGAAUGGGUGAAGCCACUCAAUUACUUAUUUGAGGGCAUAUGACAGGUUCAUCAUCGACUUCUGGAUAGGUACUUACUAAUCUAGAUUGUCCCCAACGAUUUCUUAAUCCAUGCAUUAGAUGGUAGAUGGUAUGUGCGAGUAGUCAAAGACCCUUUCAUCCAUCACAUUGUCUAAAC